GGAAUCCGGGCCCGGGAGACGCUGCAGAAGGGGCUGGAAAAAGCCAUCCAGGAGAAGCUGCAGAACACGCAGGGCAAGGACUACGCCGACGCCCUGGACAUCCUGAUAGAGAGCGGGAAGGAGCACGGCAAGGAGCUGACCAUGCAGGAGCUGAAGGACGGCACCCUGGAGCUCAUCUUCGCCGCCUACGCCACCACGGCCAGCGCCAGCACCUCCCUGAUCAUGCAGCUCCUCAAACACCCGCGGGUGCUGGAGAAGCUGCGGGAGGAGCUGCGGAGCAAAGGGAUCCUCCACAACGGCUGCAUCUGCGAGGGCUCCCUGCGCCUGGACAACAUCAACGGCCUCCAGUACCUGGACUGCGUCAUCAAGGAGGUUCUCCGGCUCUUCACCCCCAUCUCCGGAGGGUACCGGACCGUGCUGCAGACCUUCGAGCUGGACGGCUUCCAAAUCCCCAAGGGCUGGAGCGUGAUGUACAGCAUCCGGGACACCCACGACACCGCCCCCGUCUUCAAGGACGUGGACGUCUUCGACCCCGACCGCUUCGGGCAGGGCCGGAGCGAGGACAAGGAGGGCAGGUUCCACUACCUCCCCUUCGGAGGAGGCGUACGGACCUGUCUGGGCAAGCACCUGGCCAAGCUCUUCCUCAAGGCUCUGGCCAUCGAGCUGGCCAGCACCAGCCGCUUCGAGCUCGCCACCAGGACUUUCCCCAGGAUCACCCUGGUGCCCGUGGUCCACCCGGUUGACGGACUCAAGGUCAAGUUCUUCGGACUGGAUUCCAACCAGAACGAGAUCCUGACGGGCACAGACGCCAUGCUGGGGGCCACCGUGUAGAGCCCGCGCCGGCGGCA